UUAUGGCAUUUUAUGGUGCUUUUGUGGUUUUAUCCGUUACUUGAAUUCUCUUAUUAAAAUUUUGAAUUUAUGUCAUCUACAAAGCUAAAUAUUAUAUUUUUAUUUGUUGUUUUACAUAUUCUCCAAAUAUCGAUUUGAUUCUGUGUUUCUGUACUACUUCAAAACAUGUCCGAGUUGAUGGCAGAUGCUGUGUGUGUCACGAGCCCUAGGAAGCUUCAGGAAAUGUCACUUCCUACUCCCGACGGACAUGAUGUCACAUCUGUAAGCGGCGUAAGUAUGAAACAGUAUGAAGAACAGCUCAAUGGCCUAAGAAAAGAGAAUUUUCAUUUGAAACUGAGAAUAUAUUUUCUAGAAGAAAAAUUAGGAAGUGGUUCACCACCGGCUGUGCAAGGUCUAUUGGAGCAUAACGUAAGAUUACAAGUAGAAGUAGAGGAACUGAGAAGACAGCUUUCUGACAAACAAGAGCUUCUUGCUGCUGCUGCGGAAGCAAUUGAUGUGUUAGAACAACAGGGUUCCAUAUCAAAUGAUAGUGUGGAGGUAUCAAUUAAUAACAAUGAUGUUUCUAUAAAAGAUAACACAAACCUACCAGAACAAGCAUCGGAAGGAAAAGAUCAAGUUUUAAUGGCCAAUGACACAUGCCUCGAAUCUGAAUCUGCUGGUGAUUAUCUUGCUGUAACGGUUAAUAAUGAAGAUAUGGAUGAACUUGUUAAGUUGCGAAGGGAAAACCACAAAGCUUUGCAAAUGAUAAAAGGUUGUAUGAAGAAGAUCCAACAACAAGAUAAAGAAAUUAAAAAACUUAAACUGAAUAAAGAACUGGCGUACGCACAUGUUAGUGACUCUCAGCUGGAAAAAUAUGAAGAAAUAUUGAAGUGUAAAGAUGAACAUAUCAAGGAUUUGGAAAACAAAAUAAGAGAACUCCAAAAAAACGUACAGAAUGACGAUAUCACCGGAAAUCUUCAACAAUUACUAACAAGACGUUUGCAAGGAUUGGCUUAUUUUUUAGAUAAAUUGUUAUCACAUAAAUGCGUACUUGGAGAAGACAAGAAAAAAUUAGCUGAAAGCAUAUUAGAACAAAGUUUAGCCUUACCUGUUGGUUUGAAAUUAGAUGAAUCAAUGGCUCCUGAAGAAUUCACAAUGGAUGAAAGCAAUCUUGAUAUAUCGCAAUCAUUGAGGAUUGAGGACUUAACAAUGUUGUUUGGACAUCAUGUCGCAUGCAGUGACGAAAAUAGGUACUCUGCUCGAAAGCCUUUAAAACAUUUUCCACAGGCUGAUAUUAUUUCUGAAUCAGAGUGCUGGUCGGAACCAGAUAGAAAUGUAUCGCUCGCUAGAGUAGGUCUCUGUGACACCGGAGUAGCCAUUAGAGAAUCUAUGUCAGAAAACAGUCGGUUCAGAUCAAGGCGUUCUAAAGUUUCCUAUGGAUCACGUUCUGAUGAUAACAAAACUACUAAUGAAUCGGCAUUACUCGAGGAAAUAAACCAAAUAACUCAGCGAAGUGAAUUAUUAGAAGAGGAAAAUAACGAUCUAAACAACAAAUUAGAAUUCGCAAAAACACAAAUUAGUGAACUUAUAAUUGAGAGAGAUGAACUAAAAGGAAGUUUAGAUAGUGCGCGUACAAAUAUUGUGGAGUUAAAUAAACAAAUUGAAAUGACCAGCAAUUCUUUAAUUUGCAUGGAAUUAAAGAUUAAAGACAUAGAGCAGCAGUAUACUGGUGCUGUACAAUUAAGUGAAAAAUUGAGAGAGGAGAGACAGCAAUUAGAAUCUACCUAUCUAGAAACAGAAAGGGCAUUAAGACGUGCUGCUGAUGAAGCGACAGUACAAGCUUCUCAAGCAGCUUUAGAGAGAGCACGCGCUCAACACGAUAGAUUACGUAUUGAAAGAGAAUUAGAAGAGACACGUGAUAAGUUAGCUAAUGCUUUAGAAGUUAAUGCUCAAUUAGAAAUAGAGGCAACGCGUAAGAUAGCUCUAGAAGCUGACAAUAAAAUUGCGAUUGUACAUGAAGUUCUACAAUCAGAAGAUGACCGUCCCACUUCGCCUGAUUUAGGAAUCGAUAGUGAUAGAUUAUCAAGCCUCGAACAUAAUGAUGCUGUUACAUUAUCACCACGAUCUUUGUAUGAGGAAAAUCAGACAUUAAAACAGAAACUGGCAAGAACUAAAGCAACACUAGCAGAAACUUUAGCACAGUUAAAUGCUGCUAAUUUGAGAAAAAGAAGUGUUCAACGAGCGAUUUGUAGAGAAAUACAUAAAACCCAAGGUGUGUUACGAAAAGCACGAGAUCAGUUUGAAAACCAAAAUUAAAUUAUGUACUUAAUCAUUAAUUUGACUUGUAUAGGUAAAUUUAAAAAAGAAUUUACUAUAUACAUACAUGUAUAUACGAUACUUUGUACGAUUUUACAUGUUCUGUGAUUUUAAUUGUUUUAUCUGUAUUAAGUUAGAAUUUUAUUUUAAACAGUAUGUAUAAUUUACUAACUUAUUUUAUUUUUCGAAUACAUUAAGUGAUAAUUAUAUGUAUGUAUAUUAAAUUAUAUGGCUCAACCAACAAACCAUUUACAAAAACAAAAACAGAAAAGUUCGCGUAUAUACGUAGCAUUUUGGACUAACUGCAGUGAAGUUUGCACAGCAUACUUUUUUGCAGAUAUUGUACGGUGUUCAUUUAAU